AUGGACGAUCCCCUCGACAAAACCACGCUCGCGACCAUCUCUCUCCUCGAAUCGCGCCUCCUGCGGAUCGAGCAUCUCCUCUAUGGCACCACUGCCUCACCCUUCUCCAGCCAGAACCAGCAUGACGCUGCCCUCGCGAAGAUGGACGCCUUAGAACGGCGAUUUGGAAGAAUGAUUUCUCAAAUCCGUGUCUAUGCGGAGCUUCUCAAGAUCUACAAGUCAAAUCCAGAUCUCUUCCACGCUCCUCCUCCCUCUCAGCCUCCCUCCCAACUCGACUCGGAGGCUGUCCAAUCCAUCGUCCUCUCCGCCGCCUCGUCUUUCCCCGCUACGCUCUCCGCCCUCACCGCCGUCAAGGACAUCCCCAUCCCAGAGUCCUCUGCCAGUGCGAGUCUGAUCUCGCUCACCCAACGCAUGAAAGCCAUCGAGGCUACACAGCUCGCGCAAGCUGCCGAGAUUUCCGCUCUCCGAAGCAGAAGCGAGGCGCUUGUACGAUCAUGGUAUGAAAACGGGGCGGUGGUGAACUCUCAAGUAUUAGCGCACACCGAGGGCAAAAUCCAGAGGGUGGAGCGUGAAGUGAGAAGAAGAGAGCGGAUAAUCGAAGAGGAGAAGCAAGAAGAGUGA